UGCUGGGAGAGUUUUGUUUAUUUAUGCUUGAUUUCUGCGGCUCUUCAGUGUGUUAUUGUUGAUUUCUGCACAGAGAGAGUUUUGAGAGUGAUCUUUUCUGAACAGAACCUGUAGUCCAGCGACAGUGCUCGGUAGCUUUGUGAAGCCUUUGAGCAUGAUGGAUUUGCUGACAGUCUGUGACAAUUUUCGUCCACCCUGUCCUGGAGAAUUACAUAGAGCUGCACAGUGCUGGAAAAGGAGUCACAGUUUCGGGGCCCACGGUGAUAACAACAUGGCUGAUGGGACGAAUCUAACGUUUCCUGGCCCUCUGCUGAGCCCGAAAAUGGAGAAGGACGACCUGAUGGCUUUCAUCCAGAAGAAAUCUCAGGAGAUUCUACUGCGUGUGGAUGAACCUCAGCAAAUUGAAGCCUAUUUCUUCUGGCAGCUUAUGGAGCUGUUCUGUAGUUGUGAUAGAAAAGCCCUGCCGGUUGAAAUUGCGGCAUGCCUCUUCAAGGGCUACUAUCACGUGAGGAGCAAGGCACCAAAACUUGUGUGUGGUGAGAACCAGUACAUCUGGUGCCGUCAUUUGGCACGGCUUUUAUGCUCCUCCACCACGGACGAUGAACAGAGACAAGCUGUGAUCAAAAUGGCUGACGAUCUUGCCAACAGAGGAAAGAUCUUUGCAUCGCAUAUCUGCUGCGUGGUAGCACAACUGCAGCUGGGAAUAUAUAAUGACACCAGCUUCGACCUGAUUGGAUGUUUCGGGUUGCCAUUAGAGACAUCGGCCGCCAGGGAGGCUAUCGAGCGAUCGGAGGUGUAUGAAUAUGUGCUGUUCAUUACCUCGGGGUGCGCUCAACCAAACUUCCAGAUAUACAAAUUCCAUCAUGCUAGAAUGCUAGCCCAUGAAGGACAUAUCGCUCUAGCACUUGAAUACUGUGAAUCCAUCACUAGAGCAAUGACCACCUGCUCCUGCAACAUCACACCGGUCUUGAUGGAGCAGAUGAUUCAGAUGGCUGAACCGCUUUAUAAAACAAAAGCAGAGAAACCAGAGUGGCUGAAAAAUCUUUGCCAGAUUCAUGCGGCCGAAGUACUGCAGUUCAAGAAGAUACCGCCUAGUCAGCUCUUCAAUGGUCCUGCAUGCAACCCUUGUACUCUGCUGAACACAGAAGAGUAUGAGUGGAUUGCGUCAUUGUAUGACAUCGGAGAGCUGUUGGGACAAGGAGGCUUCGGCUCAGUCUAUGCCGCAGUUCGUAAGGCAGAUGGGAAAAUGGUCGCUGUCAAAUUUAUUGCCAGGUCUACCUGCAAAAAAUUCAUCACCAUUCCUGGAGAAACAGAGGACCUGCCUCUGGAGGUAGCGUUGAUGAAGAUGGUGUCCAUGCCUCCUCGAUGUGAAAAUGUCCUGGAACUACUGGACUGGAUAGAGUUGUCCAAAGUCUUCAUCUUGGUUCUGGAGCGACCCAGUCCCUGCAUGGACCUUCUAGAUUUCAUGAAGUGUAUGAACAGUCGACUGUCUGAACCAGUGGCUCGAGACAUCAUGCGGCAGGUGGUUCGGGCUGCUCGACACUGCUGCGAGAGAGGAGUGUUUCACCGGGACAUCAAGCCAGAGAACCUGCUGAUCAACACCGACACGAUGCAAGUGAAAUUAAUCGACUUUGGCUGUGGAGAGUUGAUGUAUGACUUCACGUACACGAAAUUUGAAGGAACUCUGAUUUACGCUUCUCCCGAGUGGGUACGAGACAGAGAGUAUAUGGGCGGUCCGGCUACCGUUUGGAGUCUGGGCAUCCUCCUGUACUACAUGGUCUGCUGCGACCUCCCCUUUAAGAACAAUAAGGAAAUAUCUGAUGCGCCCGUACCGCUACACCACUACCUGUCUGGAGACUGCCAAGCUCUGAUCACAGGGUGCCUGGAAAAAAACCCGGACUAUCGGAUGACGUUGGAGAACAUCCUCAGCCAUGAUUGGUUUUAGGAGAAACUUCAGGACGAUGUCCAUGUUAGACAGCGACAGCACUGUGGAGAACACACGUCUCAUUCAUUACCAUCUACUGCAAGGGAGGACGAGAGCAUGAGGCUCUUUCCUUCUUAUUUAUAAUGAACUGAAUGAUCAUGUGUUUGUUUAACAGAACUGUUUAUAUUUCACUUUAUAUUUAUUGAUCAUACAUUUGUUUACCUUGCGUAUUUAUCUUUGUGUGAAUUGUGUAUUUGCAGUCGUAUUUGCACUUGUGCGUACUUCUUAGCUUGUUUAAGUGUUAAGUUUUUUUUGGGGGAAAAAAAAUUGUUUUGCACUCUUCCUGGCAGAAACACCUAGUCUUGUAUCAUGAACAACAGGAUGAUGAAUAAUGUAUAUUAAUAAAAGUCAUUAUCAAAAUCUCUCUAACAGCUGUCUUUAACACCAGCUGUCUUUAACACCAGCCAUGUUAAACAUGUGAUGUGUUCAAUCAGUGUGGCAUUUUACACCGGAUGUGUGUAGCACAAACAUUACGAGAUCACACACAUGUUUGGAAUAAUCUGGAGGUCAAAACAUGACUAUCUUAAUAAUCAAGGGAAGAAUGUAGACUGGGAAAUAUAGAUCAUUACUCAGGCCUACUAUUGACUAUGCAGAGAUUUCUACUCAGUAUUCUGUGUUCAUAUCAUUUUAGAAAUUGUUCUUUUUUUUUAUUUGAUAAAUCUUGCUCAGCCUGAGGAACAUAGUGAACUAGAUGUAGGAGGAGAUCCAUUGGAGGAAAUGCAAGGCCUAUAUUUGACAAAAAAAAAUACAGGGUUAGCCUAUUGAGUAACCACACAAGCAACACCAGGAUUAAGAAUGCUCUGAUGUCCUCCAAUCAGCUUUAUCCCUCCCCUCAACUUCAACCUCCCUUAUCUGUCCUUCAUUGUGAUGUUGUGUCUUAGACAAAUUCAGCUCAUUGCAGUGUCGUCCUUUUCAACUUUUUGUCCAGUAACGAUGGCUCUUUGGUGGUUUAUGUUUCUAGUGUGCUUCUUCUAGCUUGGCAGAGGUGAGAGACGAGACUAGCUGGUAGUCUGAUUGGUUAGUUCAGUGCAUCUAAUGUAAUUUCUCAUGUAGCUAGUUAGUGAAUCUGAAGCUAGCCGGCUAAUAUUAAUGAUAAGAGCGAUUGUGAACUUUAACAUUCAUGACUUAAGGUAAACUAUAGGAUCAAUAUUAUAGUCUUAACCCUACCGUAAUCAAAUUGUUGGUUUCUUCUUUUGUGAAGAUUAAUACAUUAAAUACCAGGGGUGUGUGAACUUUUGAACAGGAUGAUCUGUGUAAAAAAAAAAAAAAAAAAAAAGUUUGUUUAAAGAUUUUUUUUUUCAUUUAGUACUGCCCUUCAGAAGCUCAAUAAUAUACUUGCAUGUCUCCCAGAAGACAAAAUAACAAUUUACACCUGUAAAUUUCAUCCUGUUCAUAAGUUUAAGAUUUUGCAGAUUCCGCAAGGGGUAUGCAAACUUCCGACUGCAACUGUAUGUUCUCUACAUGUCUUUUCUUUACAAAGUGUAAAUAUA